AAGGCUAUUGGCUUUGGUCUUUAAUCCUUUGGGUCUGUUUUAAGAUUAAUUAAAAGAAGAAUGAGCUGUAAUUCUCGAAGAUAACUGGGCAAUUUUUCCUUAAGUAUCAUUUUGGAUUGUAGAAGUUGAAGUGGAGUCAGAGGCUCCUCUUACUGCUGUGAGGAUUUAUACAAAUCUUCAGUUUUUCAACACAGACCAACAGACCAUCGUUUUUGGAGGAGAUACUCCUUUCACCCUCUUUUUUUGUGUCCUUGGUGGCAAAAAUUAAAUUUGGUCGCAUCAUUUUGACUUGUGUUUGAAUCUAGGUUUUAUGACUCAAAUAACAUAUAAACUUUCCACUUGUUUUGCUUAAAAAAAAAAAAUUCAAACCAAACCAUUGCAUCGAACCUGGACAUCUUGAAUUGAAAAGUUGGUAACUUUAUUUUAAUACUUGUAUCUGAGGAAUUCAAGAAAACAAAGGCUUCCUCAUAGGUGUGCCUCUUAAAAUUAUAUUCUUUAUUAUUAGAGGCAAAACGAAAAAUUUUAUAGCAUUUGCAGUGAAAUUAUAUAUAAGCAGAACCAAAACAAAGUUGCAAAAUCUAUUGAGUAAUUUGAGGAGAUCUCUCUUUGGAAAUUUAAAAUUUCUGUGAGUUAGUUACCAUAAUUAGUUGUAAACAUUACUUUUUUCUCUUCAAAUAAGCAACUAAAUAAAAAUGCAAAUGUCAGACUUAAUUAUUUAGCAUAGUGGUGUAGCUAUGGAAAACCUACAGACAAAUUUCUCCUUGGUUCACGGCUCAAAUAAAAAACUGAAUGGGAUGGGAGAUGAUGGCAGCCCUCCAGCAAAAAAAAUGAUGACAGACAUUCAUGCAAAUGGAAAAAUGAUAAAUAAAGUGCCAACAGUAAAGAAGGAACACUUGGAUGACUAUGGAGAAGCACCUAUGGAAACUGAUGGAGACCACGUCAAGCGAACCAGUGCUUCUGUGCCUGAACCUUUAAAUUUAAAUCCGAGUUUGAAACACACAUUAGCACAAUUCCACUUAAGUAGUCAGAGCUCUCUGGGUGGGCCAGCAGCAUUUUCUGCUCGGUAUUCCCAAGAAAGCAUGUCACCUACUGUAUUUCUGCCUCUUCCGUCUCCUCAGGUUCUUUCUGGCCCACUGCUCAUCCCUUCUGAUAGUUCCACAGAACUCACCCAGACAAUGUUGGAAGGGGAGUCUAUUUCUUGUUUUCAAGUUGGAGGAGAAAAGAGACUCUGUUUGCCCCAAGUCUUAAAUUCUGUUCUUCGAGAAUUUUCACUCCAGCAAAUAAAUACAGUAUGUGAUGAAUUGUACAUAUAUUGUUCAAGGUGUACUUCAGACCAGCUUCAUAUCUUAAAGGUCCUGGGAAUACUUCCAUUCAAUGCCCCAUCCUGUGGGCUGAUUACAUUAACUGAUGCACAAAGACUAUGUAAUGCUUUAUUGCGGCCACGGACUUUUCCUCAAAAUGGUAGCAUACUUCCUGCUAAAAACUCAUUGGCCCAGUUAAAGGAAACUGGCAGUGCCUUUGAAGUGGAACAUGAAUGCUUGGGUAAAUGUCAGGGUCUGUUUGCACCCCAGUUUUAUGUUCAGCCUGAUGCCCCAUGUAUUCAGUGUUUGGAGUGCUGUGGAAUGUUUGCACCCCAGACAUUUGUGAUGCAUUCUCACAGAUCACCUGACAAAAGAACUUGCCACUGGGGCUUUGAAUCUGCCAAAUGGCAUUGCUAUCUUCAUGUGAACCAAAAAUACUUAGGGACACCUGAGGAAAAGAAACUGAAGAUAAUCUUGGAAGAAAUGAAAGAGAAAUUUAACACGAGAAAUGGAAAGAGAGCUCAAUCCAAGACCAAUACACCAUCAGGAAUGGAAUUGCAGUCAUGGUAUCCUGUUAUAAAGCAGGAAGGUGACCACGUUGAUCAGACAGAUUCAUUUUUACACCCCAGCUACUACUUAUACAUGUGUGAUAAAGUAGUUGCCCCAAAUGUGUCGCUUACUUCUGCUGUAUCCCAGUCUAAAGAGGUCACAAAGACAGAGUCAAAUAAGUCCAUGUCAAGACAGACAGAGAAAGCUCACAGUAAUGGUAAACAUCAAAAAACAGUGUCUUAUCCAGAUGUCUCACUUGAGGAACAGGAGAAAAUGGAUUUAAAAACAAGUAGCCAUUUAGAUCCUUCAAUCUCAAAUAAUUCUACAAGUAAAAAGAAAUACGAGUCUACCACUUGCAACUUAGUCAGAGACACAAGCAAGGUGGGAAUUGGCCAUGGUGCUGCAGCUUCAUCUCCACUUCUUGUCAAAGAUGUCAUUUGUGAGGAUGAUAAAGGAAAAAUCAUGGAAGAAGUAAUGAGAACUUAUGUAAAGCAACAGGAGAAACUGAACUCAAUUUUGCAAAAGAAGCAACAACUUCAGAUGGAAGUGGAAAUGUUGAGUAGUUCAAAAGCCAUGAAGGAACUCACUGAAGAACAGCAGAAUUUACAGAAAGAGCUUGAAACUUUGCAGAAUGAACAUGCUCAAAGGAUGGAAGAAUUUUAUGUUGAACAGAAAGACUUAGAGAAAAAAUUGGAGCAGGUUAUGAAGCAAAAAUGUACCUGUGACUCAAAUUUAGAAAAAGACAAAGAGGCCGAAUAUGCAGCACAGUUGGCAGAACUGAGACAGAGAUUGGACCAUGCCGAGGCUGAUAGGCAAGAACUCCAAGAUGAACUCAGACAGGAGCGGGAGGCAAGACAGAAGUUAGAGAUGAUGAUAAAAGAGCUAAAGCUGCAGAUUUUGAAAUCAUCAAAGAGUGUUAAAGAGUAGAAACCGUUAAAGAGAUUCAUCUGUGUGUUACUGACAGGGCUUUUUGUUUGUUGCUUGCUUUGGUCAUUGAAUUCUGAACAACUUAUUUGCAUGAAGAUAACUAGGCAUUCUGUUUGUAGGUAAGAGAAAUGAAGAGAUUAUAUAUUUGUACAUAAAUUUUUACAUUUUCCAAAUGAAUGAAAAUGUAUGUUUCUUUGUACUUUUUUCCUUUUUCAGUCAGCUGAGUAACAAUACUAUAUGGUUUCAACUAUAAGUAGAUAAUCUGCCUAUAUUUCUAAUACAAACUUAACAAUGUAUGCUUUUUAAAAACUGCAUUAUGAGAUGGAAAAUAGCUGUGGCCAAUUUUGUUAUUUGUAUUUCAGACUCAAUUUUAGGCACAGUGGUAGAUUCAUAUUUCAAAUAUAUAGAGCAACUGAAGGAGUUAAAUCUCCAUUUUUCUCAUUAACAUAAUCUUUCUAAAUUGAUUCAGUAUACUCAUUAUUAUACACUAUAUUUGCUUUUAAUUUGUUCAGACUGUGGAAUGAAUUUCCACCAGUACUCUUUAAUAUCUCCCAAGAGCAAUUUUAUUAAUAAGGUUACAGCACACCCCAUGGGCUCAAUGGAGAAGGAUAAUAUACUUGGUUUUGCGCUGCUACUAAACAUAAGAAGCAGUUGUAAUUUGUUUUUCAGCUUAAAUGUGGUUAUAGUUAGACAUUUUUUAAUGCAGCAACUUCAGAAAAAUAAAAUGUAAUAAUUUCUGAACUUUUGUUUAUGUUGUUAGUAGUGGCGUGGAAAUGUUAAGCUUCUUGAGAAAAACUGAUCUCUUGAUGUAUAUCAGUUUCUAUACAAUUCAUAAUCCUCCUGUACAGUUUUUAUAUAUAGUUAUGGGUGUUACUGAAAUUUGUAUAAUGGAUUUGUUUUGCUUUAAAUUGUAAAAUAUUAAACACUUUGAAGGUUAUUUUAGACUUUUGUAUGUUUAAAUGUGUUAAGUCUUACCAAAAUUUGCACGAAUGGACCAUUUUCAAUUACUACUUAAUAUUAAAAUCAGGAAUUUACAGUCAAAUGAUAGUGUAUAUAAUAGGUUAAUUAAUAUAGGACAGUUCAGUUAUCUGCUACUAAAAGGUUUUUAGACGAUUUUUCAAAGACAAAGGAAUUCCAUAUUUGGGAAGGGGUAACAUCUUCUGCACUUUUUUUUUUUUUUUGCACAGAGAAGUCUGUCAUUCUUUAAUGGCAAAUUUCAUAUUCAUUAAUUCUCGACUUAGAAGAUAUUAGGUAAAAUUCUUAGUAUGCAUUUUUUAAAGGAAAUUUCCUGAAACUAUCAUUAAUUGACAUUAUUAUCCCAUGAAUUUUAUGUUUUUCCUGUUCUCUUAGUACUGUAUAAAAUUACUUAAGAGAGCUAAAUUUAUUAUAAAAUAAAUUAGCUAGGGUUAAGGUUAUAUAUUAUUUCCAACGUAGAAGGUGUAUUACUUUAGAAAUGCCUAGGUUAUCAUUUAACCAGUUAUUUUCAUGUUUUGCUUAAUGGUACUCAUAUCCAAAAAUAAUUUUUGUACAUCCCCAAAUGUUGUUUCUUUACUAAAUAAGAGUAUAAUCUAAAGGUGUAUUUUUUAUUUUCCAUUUAAACUUUGCCAUAUUAACUCUGUAAUUUAAUUUGUUGAUUCUUGGAAUCUCCUCAAGGAGGACAAAUGUUAAAAUGACAUGCAGAAACACAUGUUAAAAAUAGCAUAUCCUCCCAAUACAAUUUAUUUAGAUCUGAAGAAAGAAAAAUCAUAGACGUUUAUGAUACAGUUUUAUUUUAGUUGUAAAUGAGUUGUGUCACAGCUUAGCUUUUGGGGAAGCAACUCAAGCACCUGUAAUUUCAUUUAUCUUUUAAUUCACUCAAAACCUUUCUGCUUAUGUUACUUAGUAAAUGAUAAGCUUACUUAAGUUUCAACCCAAAACAUCUAAAAUAAAUUGUUUAAUCUUUGAAAUAUGUUAUUUUAAAAUUCUAAGCAGUGCUUAAACACUUAAAUUAUUCAGAAUUAAGUAAAGAAAUAUUUUUUCUAGUCAUUCACAUGAUGAAUAUUUGUCACAUUGUAUAAUCUUCAUUUUCCAGAAGAUAAAUUGAUGUGCCAUAGGUUUCUGUCUAACUUCCUUGAAAAUAGUUUUUUAGUCAGUUGUAAAUAUUAUACCUAUUAUUGAUAAAAGUAACUAAGUUAAAACUGCACCACGUAGCUUGAAAACAAUAUAGAGAUUUCAUAAUACUUUAAAAGUGGCCUCUGCUAAAAUAUCUUAUCCGUGUAAAACUUAUUGUUCUAUUCUUUGCAUGCUCAUCUUGUGUGUUGGUUGCUAGCUUAAAGUUUGUUUUGGUAUUAGUUUUUGCGUGCCACAUUCACUAGGCAAGCAGAUUUUCCCUCAGAUUUCAUAAUAUUAUUUUUAGGAAAAUCUAAAAAUGUUUGCUUGAAAAACUUACAUUAAGGGAAAAGCCUAUGAAAAGUUUUGCUAGAGCAUCUUUAGAAUGAAGAAAGAAUAUUAGCUUACUGGGUGAUAGGUGAUAUUUAAUUUGGGUGGUGAUUGUUUCUAUAGUUAAACUUUAUUAGAAAAAAAAAAUGUACCAAAUCUAAAAAGGUAGUAAAUGUAAAACCGGCUGUCACUGAGGAAGCUCUUAAACCACCCUAAUUUCACUUGUAACUUGUAACAACUUGUAACACUAUGAAACAAUUUGACCAACAACUUAAGUUUGGCUUGUACUUUAGUUUUUGUAGAGCAUGUUCUUUUGCUGGAUUUCUGUAUCCAUGACAGUUUGGACAUUUUAUGCUUGAACUAAUUUUAUAACAUAUUUAAUAUAUUACCAGUUUAGAUAUAAAAUCAUUUAUACAUACUGAAUUAUAAGGAAGUUAUUAAAGUUGGUGAAAUAGACUGAGUACUAUGAUAUUUGCAGGUUAUCCUAUCUUUUAGAAGUCAUGAGAGAACAGCCAGUUUAUUUGCACAUAUGUGUGGCUUACGUUUGGUGGAAAGUAAAAUGAUAAGGAAACUCAAGUAAUAUAAAAUGUGCUCAAGAUAUUUCCCUAGAAUUAAUUGCAAAGCUGGUGCUGAAAGUUUUUGAUCAGCUUCUAAAAUUUUCUUUUCGAUAGUAAGACUUAUGUUUGAUUACUUAGGGAAGAAUCAUCAUUUUUAUUUGCCCUUCAUGCAUUUAAUCCAAAUGACAGGACAUUAAAAAUUAAUGUAAUGAAAAAUUGUGCUGAUACUGUAUAUCUAUGUCUGUGCUUGGAACUACUUGUUAAUAGUUUUUGAAGCUGUCGACAAUAAGGGACAUAUAACUACUGUAUACAUUGUGGAAUAGAAUAAUUUAAACAGAACUUAGAAUUUUUUUCUAGUAUAGGAUACUUAAGCAUUUCCACUAUCGGGAGAAAAGCAUAUGGGUAUUUUAUAUUGCAUUUUAUUUAAAAGGACAGUCAUUUUUUUUUUUUUGUAAAAUCUUUCCAUUUAAAUAGCUUCUAAACUAUAUAAUGCAAUUUCAAGCUUGCUUAGUAAUAGAAUUAAAUGUUUUCUAUAGUGCUACCGUUUUUGAAUUAGAAAAUGAUAAAAUAUAAAAACAAAUUUAAAAAUUAAGCCCAGAAAACAAAAUAGUGUAUUAAGUUAGUUUAAUAUAAAAGGAAUUUAUGAUUUUUUCCUUCAAUAUAGAUACCUCAUUUGAAAAUAAAGCACAGCAUACUUAAAGUAGUUCUAAUAAAAAUAUUCUACUAAAAUAAUUGCUAAAUCUAGGACAUCUUUUGAGGAAUUAGAGUUUGUGAGAAAUAAAAUGUAUUUGCUUUUAACCAUUCUGUUAGAGGUAUUUGUUUAUCAUAAUUUUAAGCCAACAUAGUAGUCUUAAAUUAUUUCUGAAUUUCUAAUUCAUAAAGGCAGUAAAAUGAAGUAUCUUUACUACAACUGCUGAAACAAAUUGUUAACUACAUUGCCAUUAUUCAAUUUAAAAUUUUGCCAAUGAUGUAUAGUUUUAUGGUUAAAAUUGCUGUGGUUGGUUGCAUUGCAUUACACACAAAACUGUCCUCUACCUCACGUGAAAUAAAUAUUUUAUAUGGUUUUACUAAAAACAAGACUCAUCUAUCUGGUUACUUAGUUUACAAAUUUUGAAUUAUAUUUAUUGAAACAUGACAUACUGUGCUCUUAGCUUAUACCUCAAUUGUAUUUUGUGCUGUUUUCCAUUUUCAUGCCUUGUAAAUAACUUGUAUAGAUUGUGGGUCAAAUUCCAAAUAAAAACUUUUAAUGCCAAUGAAAUUUGAUU